AUGGAGAUGGAUUCUGAGAUAUGGUGCAGGCUACCAGAAGAAUUACUCAUAAUCGUUUUAGCCAAGCUGCCCACUUUGGUGACUGCGAAGUUCAGGGCAGUUUGUAAACAAUGGAAAUUUCUUCUCUCUCCAUCACAGUGCUUCCAAAGGAUAAUACAAUUUGUAUAUCCCUGUUCUACCCCUGCGUUUCUUAUUGGCCGCCUGCAUCCUUCACAUUGGAUAAAUUCUCUCAAUAACAAUCUAUAUCUACUUCAACCAGCACUUAAUUCCCACGUAUAUAAACUCUCCUUAGAAUUUUUGGCACCUGACUCCAUGAAUGUAGUUACUUCCUGCAAGAGCGUGCUUUGCUGCUCCAAGGAUGAAGCUCCCACUUUAUUCUACAUUUGCAAUCCUGUCACCAGAACAUGGAAAGAGCUUCCUUCUCCUAUUCAACUCAGACGAUAUGAUUUCAUUGGAUUGGCCUUCGACGGCUCCACAAGGGUCUGCAUCUUAAUCAUUGGAAGAAGUCUAAUCAUCGGAGAGGAAAGCAAUAUGGUGGUGGAGGUUUUUAAUUCACAGACCAAUGCCUGGACGAAAUUGCAGAUGAAUACAACCAGAUCAGUUUAUCCAUUGGGGGAAGGGGUGUAUUCUAGAGGAAGGUUUUAUUGGGUUAACUCAACUUACCUUGGGCUGAACGGAUGCAGAUUGGAUGUUGUAUCAUUAGAUGUAGGAAAGAAGCAUUGGAAUGUUAUUAGACAUCCAGAGUUAGUAGAUAGAUCCCUUUCUCAAAGUUUUUAUCAUUGGCAGUUAACUGGGUAUGAUGGGAAGGUGGUCUUAGUGUACAGUAAGGAUCUGUGCUUAUGGAGAUUGAAUGAAGAUGAUGGGGAUGAGAGAUGGUCAGAACUGCCAGAAUUGCCGAGGAGUCUAUGUAGAGAAGUUUUGUAUACUGGGAUUGUGAACGACUUUGGCAGCCAGAGAAGUGCACAAGUAGUGGUAGACAGGAGUGGAUGUAUUUGUGUGCACUUGCCCAGGAUUAAGAUGGUUGUGUUUGAUGGAGAAGGAAGAAUGAUGCAGACGAUUGAAGGAAGACAGAUGGCAAUGUUUACACAAACACGUCCAACAUCAGUUCGUGCUUUUGAGAUCAACAAUGUUUGGUGGCCUUAG